ACAAUAAAUAUGUGUGUUGCUAUUGAUAAUAAAUGGACAAAAGAAAUAAUUAAGUGUCAUUUUAUAAAUAUAUUCUCAGAAGUAUAAAUUAGUUGAAAUGUUAAUUAACCUCGUGUAGAUAAGGAACGAAUUAGUACAUAGAGUGUAAAGAGCGAUAUAUAUAUAUCUAUAUAAUAAUAAUAAAGUAUUUUAUAAUAAUAAGAUUGUCAUUGAAAAUGGGCUUCAGCGGUAAUGAGUCAGUUGAUUUAAGAUGAUAACAACAUACUUUUUAGUGGCUUACUCUAGACCGUUUAUUUUGUUGGCGUAUGGAAUCUAAUAGUCGCUCCUAUAACCUUAAAUUUUAUUUUUAAUUAUUUAUUUAUUCAAAUUGUGAAUGCGGUUUCGGUACUUGAUUUUAAAAUUUUAUAAAGAUGGAAAUGUUGCAUAUGGAUCACAUGUUCGAUGACGAUGAUGAUGUUUUUCAUCUGGAGGAAGAGCUUAGUAUUGUUGAAGAAGAUGGACAAGUUAAAUUACCUAGAGGAUUGCAAUUAUUGGAGUCACAAGUUGCUGGUCAUUCCUAUGAUUUUAAUCAUGGAAUUAUUGGAAUGCUCAAGAAAAAUGGACACAUUUACAAGCCUGGAAUUAAAGAAGAUUUGUUUGAAAGAGAAAAGAGCUUUUAUGAGAAAAUAAAAACAUCAGAUAAUGAAGUCUACAAAGCUUUAGCGAGAUUAACUCCCGAGUAUGUUGGCUCUGGUGAAUUUAUUUUCAUGAAAAAACCUCUUAAGUUUUUGAUUCUGCAAGAUAUUACCGAGGGAAUGAUAGAACCUUGUGUAAUGGACAUUAAAAUUGGGAAACGUACUUGGGACCCUCUCGCAGGUCCAGCUAAAAAAUUGAAAGAAGAUUUCAAGUACAAAGAAAUGAAGCAGACUCAUUCAUUUUGUAUUCCCGGCUUUCAGUAUUAUGAUGUAAUGAAUGGUGUUUUACAUAAGUUUGACAAAAAUUAUGGGAAAAAAAUGAAACCUGACUCUAUUUUCGAAGUUUUACGUUCAUUUUGUAACAUUACCUCAGGACACUUGUGCAGAUGCUUAGUCGUUCAAAUUUUAGCUUCUUUAUGGGAAAUACUGUCAUUCUUCCGUUUUCAAACUGACUUACGUUUUUACUCAAGCUCAAUAUUAAUCGCCUACGAUACUAAGCGUUUGAAAAAAUUAAUUGCCAAAGAAUCUGCUGAUGAAUGCAAUGGAAGACUGUAUGAGUUGAACCCACGGGUUGGCUCACCGAUGGUCCUCUCAUCACCGUCUCACAGCGCGUAUUCCAGCGGAUUCAAUUCUCCUAGAUGUAUGUCUCCAUUAUCUUUAAGCCCUGCGUCGAAUCAAUUUUUGAAAAUAAAUGGAAAAAGCACUCUUGAAAAAUCCAGCUCUGAUCACUCAAUCAAUGGAAGCAACCGCUUUCUUAAUAUCGAUAAUAAUAAUGUUAAACUUUGCCGUACUCAUUCGUUUGAUAACAACUUUGAACGCGAUAUGAUAGAAAUGAAGGAUGGUUACGCUGAUUUACUAGAUCAACUUACUAAUAAAUUGCACCGCAAUUGGGUGCGUGUUAAAAUGAUCGAUUUCACUCAUGUUUUUCCUACCGAAGUACACGAAGUCGACCGUAAUUACCUGCAGGGCCUUGAGACGCUAAUUAAAAUUUUUGAGUCGUUUUUGAUGUGUUCAAACGAUGAAAUUAGUUUGAAAAAGUAAAAGUUAAAUUAACAAUUACUUACCGAAGACUGUGUUCAUAUACUAAUAAUUGAUAAAAUAUUUAUAUUUCAUUUUAAACUACAGAAUAUAUUGUAAUAAAAUAAAGUUUUUUCAGAUUCAAUUUUAAAA